AUGGGCAGCAAGGACCGGGAAUGCAAGGGUCCCACCGUUGUUUUGGCAGCCUCUUGGAAACGAGAUUCAUGGCACCCAUCCUCAUUCCAAGAAAGUCCAAUGUUGAACUCGGGACUGUUUCAUGCAACGGGUGCCUUUGCAACUCUUCAGACCAUCAACCGCGGCUCAACUGUCCAAGCAUGGCUGGAGGCUGCAGCAAGGCACAAUGCUCGAGUGCAGUCCUUGGAAUCCAGCUACGGCAGCUACGGUUUGUCUGCAGCUCCAAUGCUCCGUUCUUUCUCAUUGCUUGGCAAGACUUCGUACCUUCCACUUGCGGAAGAUAGCUGGCUUUCAGAGAUUCGAAUUGGGCCCUUAAACAAAGCGGAAAACCAUAACGGAGUAAGAGUUCAAGGGAUCAAAUAG